UGCGAUGGUGGGAGGCAACUUCGGCCGUGAGCCCGAAACUUACUCCGGAACGACGAUCCGCUUUAGUAGCGGGAAUAUCGCGACGCGAACGGGAUCGCGGUACCGCAGGUUCACCUGAUCGCGUCGUGAAUAAAAUACCUGCGAAAAUCACACGUGAAUUUUCUCGCCGGUGGAUUUACUAUCAGGGAUUCACAGCGACGCGUAGCUCUGCUCUGCAAGGUGUUACCCAGAGAGUAACGUAACAUUUUGUGUUGUACCUGCACGAACACUUCUGCAUACACACCUCGCGAAGCCUAUAGUCACCGUUACCGCCUUGCGUCAGGCCAAGUGACGUUACGGUGCCUCGCAAUCGCUGAAUGCCACUUACUUCUGCGUACAUGAUUUCUACAGCUGUAUUAUAAGUAUAGGACAACCCUCUGACGCAAGUAUGCGAGAUACGAGUGAUCGCUCCGCACGAUGUACGCUUGAAUCUCAUGAAUGAAUUCGCUUUCCGACGAGCUGAGAGAGCAUAAAAAUUCCAUGGAUCCGACAGGCCCCGCGGUUAAUACCGCGGGUACGAAUGCGGUGGUAGCUACCGACUACGUCUACAAGCCAUUGACGACGAAGCAUCGACGUGCCGGUAGCACGGGUACUACGGGGGACGAAGAGUACACGACCGACGAGGAGGAAUUAUACGCCGACGAGGUCGAGUGUACGGGCGGUGCGAGUCAUCCGAUUCUCAAAUCAGAUUUGGCGCGGGCUGCGACCGACCUUUUUGGGUACGAAGCGAAAGGUGAUUGCGACGCUGACGAGGAUGAGGAUAACGACGAGGGGUCGACGGGGCUCUUCGACGAGGACGAGAAAAAAUAUACUUCGAGGAAAUCGACGAUUUCACCGUUUGGAAAUAACGACGAGUCCGUUCCCAAUCGAGAAAAAGGUCUGGCGCAUCUCAAAUCGACGAACCCGUUUUAUGCUUCCUUGAAAAACGCAUCGGGUAGUUCAAGUUUAUCGUCGAACGAGGGACAUCCCGAGUUUCAGAUGUGCAAAAGACCCGCUGAACUCAAACUGCCCACAUCCGCGACGGAAUCUCUAGAGUCUUCCAUUCGUCCCGAAUCGCUGAGUCUGGAUUCAGAUCCCACCCCUACGAUACCGAUCGUCACCAUUGAGAGAAAUACUCGUUACGAGAACCCAGAAACGAGCACAAAUCCAUUUUGCGUUUCGUUCAGUGGCGAAAACGAAGGACGGGACACACCUGUACCCGCGGUUCGAUUAUCCAUCACCGGGUCUGAUGUCGUCGACGAGGGAAUCAGGUCAGUGGAGGAGGAGGUCGAUGAUCGCUGUAGUCCCGGUACCGGGGGUGUCAUUUCCGAGGGUCUCUCAAUGGAAACGCCCGUGCAAUGGGGCCGAACUUUGGCAGAAGUGAAGGAACAAGCCGUUACCAAACUUCAAGACGAGCUGAGGCGAGCGCACGAGGAACUCAAGCUCAAGGCUGAGGAAGUUACGAGGCUUUCGAGGAUCAGACAGGACGUUGAAACUGAACUUGAGGAUCUCACAGCCAGUCUCUUUCAAGAGGCGCACAGGAUGGUGAAGGAGGCAAACGUGCGGCAAGCUACGGCCGAAAAAUUGCUCGCCGAAAGUCGAAUGAAGUCCGAAGUCCUCGCAGCGGAAGUUGCAGCGUUAAAAACUCUUGUUCUAACAUCAACCCCUGCGAGGCCCAACCCCCACCUGCAUCCACAAAUCGAUGCUCGUGGUCGGGACGAAACACCCGGAGGACUUUUUGCCAAACGACACCGAAGAUCACCGUCGCACUUUAAUCUCAAGUACGGCCGGGAGAAUUCACCUCCGGAAUCUCCGGUUAAAGAGCAACGGGCAUCCUUACCUACGGAAACAACCGAGUGCCGCGAUUCCCGCGAUGGUCUCGAAGUCGACCCGAUCGUUCACAAAGAAUUUCUGCAGUGGAAAGCCAAUCCCUGCGUUGACAGAGCGGACCCCUUCGUCAAGAGAAUAUUCAAAGAAGAUAUAGAUCUGUGUUUGGAUUUUGCCAAUAAGGAACUCGGUGCUAAAGUCAGACAAGCGGUACUCGAUGGAAUAGUAUUCGUUGAGGCUGUCAGCGACAAGACCAAAGUCGCAUUUCCCAAAAAAUGCGCUCUGUUAGAAGCGCCGCGACAAUGCCACUAUCGCAUGAGACUCGGCGAUCAAGAGAACCACUGGUACUCCAUAUCGCAGAUAUGUCGCAAUAGAAUAAUUUCCGUCUGCGACUUCCUGAAUUACCUUCGAUACAUCGAACGUGGUCUGGUCAAAAGCUCUGUCCACGAUAUCUACUGGGAAAUCACGAGACUCCGGAAAGAAAUGGUCCUCGCACGAUUAGGGCUGGCACUUUCAUCCUAAGUCGGUUGAUCCCGUAUUUCGAUCCUCCGAUAAGUAUAAGAUUGGCGCAACCUUACGAAUUUGUCUACGUGCAAUGUGAACGGAAAAAAGCAUCUCCUGCUCUCUCUAUUUGAUGUAAAAUUGUGAGAAAUGAACCGUACAAAUGAUCGAACGGAUGAAAAGUAUAGUUUGACGGUAAUCGGAUUUAAGCUGUGAAUUAUUUUAUACCUGUAAGUUAUUUUUAUAUGAUUAUCUUAUACAAAGCUACCCUUUCGGAUUGUCAUGUCUUUCACAACGAAUGGGAAUGCCAACGAAUUUGAAUUUGUGAUACAAGGUGGAACGGCGCUGAGAGGAAUUGAUAUAGGACAUUAAAGAUAGUAUAUUGUACAGUAGUGCGGAACAAAAUUUGACGAAACUAUAUGAAGUUGUGAGUUUACUUUGAGGUUCAAUUUCUAACCGGCAAAACGCCAAUCUAACCGACAUUGACGAUAUUAUUGUGAGAAAAACUAUGACAGUUUUAUAGACGUGCAGAGAAUAUGUAAAUAACUUUUUCCUGCUACGCAUAAGGGUUUCCAUGUCUGAAGCAUAGGCAACAGACGUUGUACGGUGUCAAAAUCUACGAUGUAAAAUUACUGAAGUAGCGUCUAGAGCUUAGGUGUACUAUAAUUAUUAUAGGUAUGCCCGACGUGCGUAGGCAAGUAUUUCCCGAAAAUCAUUACAAUUAACUCAAUUAAUAACGACAUUGCAUGCCCCUUCCAUUUUUCGCGUCCGAUGUUGCAAUUCUCAGACAUGAGAGAAAAAAAAAUAUCAGCCUGUAGAUCGGUAAAGAAAAGAAUUAAGAAGAAACGUAUCAUAAAACCUAUGUUAAGAUCAAUUUUCGUUCUUCCAAUCGAUUCCGAAGUACUGUAGAGCCUGAUGAUUAUACCUGUUCAUUAAUCGUUAUUAACUCGAUUUGCAAUUUAUCUGACAAUAAUACCUUCACUCAGAGAAUCCUCAUCAGUAACCAAAGAUAUAUCAUAUCGGUGAAUUAUCUGUUAUAUUACAUGCGCUCCGGUCUGAAAGUGAUUUCAUCCGUUGAGAUGAAUAAAUAAAUGGAUACAUAAAUAAAUAAAUAAAUAAAUAAAUAAAUAAAUACCUGACGGACUCCAUCGAAAAUACUGUGAGAUCAUUGUUUUACAUUUUUAUUGUUGUUAUUAUUCAAAUAUACAUAUGUAUGAUAAAUAAGAAUAGAUUAAACGAGUUUGAACUCACGUACGCAAGUACGCGUGUACAUAUUGUACAUACUUCGACGGAUACAGCUGCUAAUUAAAAUUACUGAUCGAUCGAAUGAACGUACGAAUAAUGAUAUUAUAAUGUACUAUUACAUGAACCAAAAUGGAACCUGUUCGUUCAAUGACAGUUCGAAUGAUUCCAUAUUCCCACACAUUUGUUAAUCGUAUCUCAUUUGAUCAUGACUAUUGGUGCUAAAUUAAAUUAUAAAGAUAAUGAUGUUAAUAAUAAUGAGUGAAUGUUGUUUUCGAUAUCAACAAAGUAUCCAAUAUGUCAAAUAUGAUUCGAUAUGUCUGUAUAUCAGAGCUGUUGUAUCGAACCAGCUUUAGGCAGAAACGCGAGAAUUCAUCAUUUGUAUGUGCGUUUACCUAACUUAUCUAGAAUAAACUGCUCUAAUUAAUGA